AUGCCGCCGAAGACGUCUAAAAAGGCGGACACGAAGGCCGGCAAGGCUCCGGCCAAGAAGAAGGAUGGAGGAGGCGGCAAGGCCAAGAAGAAGAAGUGGUCCAAGGGAAAGGUCAGGGAUAAGCUGAACAACAUGGUUCUCUUCGACCAGGCCACCUACGACAAACUUUAUAAAGAGAUCACCACCGCCAAGCUGAUCACCCCGUCGACAGUGUCUGAGCGUCUGAAGGUGCGAGCAUCACUGGCCAAGGCCGGUCUGCGCGAGCUACAGGCCAAGGGUCUCAUCAAGUGCGUCGUGCAACACGGAGCCCAGCUCGUCUACACGAGGGCGACCAAGGCCGACGAGGUCGUUGUUGAA